GCCGGACCGGUUAGUGCGCGGCAAUCCGCUGACGAGUAAACCCGCGCGUGUUGCCGCUAAUUCAUAUACCUAUCUGAAGAAACAAAAUCGACCUUAUCUAUUCUGUGGUUAUUUUCACAAUGCACUUCGAAACAGACGUCUUCAUUGAAGAAAUCCGAAAACGGCCGUGUCUAUGGAACUCAAAUAGCCCCGACCAUGGAGACAAAUUGUUAAAACUAAAGUGCUGGAACGAAUUAGUCGAUAUCUACGCCCGACGCGGAGCAUCGUCUGAAGACCGGAGGAAACUAUGUGUGAAAUUGCAGCAGAAAUGGAGAAAUAUUCGGGAUAAUUUUGUCAAGCAGUUAAAGAAAAACGCACGGCAAAAUGAAUCCGGGCCUGGAGUGAAAUUUACUACUCCGUAUGGUUAUUUUAAUAAUCUUCUAUUCUUAAAGGAUUCUGUUAUUUCAAACCCGAGAAACUCUUUAAAAUUUGGCUCAGAUGCUACAAGAAGUGAGCAAGAUGAUGAAAGUGGUGAUAAGAGUGACACUUCCGACAGUAACGAGAUAUUAUGGACACGUAAAAAAAUAAAGAAGAAAAGAAAAUAUGUAGGGUCAGGAUCUCAGUUAGUGGCAACUACAAAUGACAACGAAGACGGCGACGCACCGGGCACAUCUAAAAAGAAGAAGAAAAAUGAGAAUGAAGACGUGGGGUCACAGUUAAUGGGAGUCUUAACAAAGACUUUGGAUAUAAAAAAAAGUGAAGAAGAUGAAGAUCGUCUCUUUUUCUUAUCUUUAGUAAAAGAUUUUAAGAAAAUACCAGAGGACAAACAGUUAAGAACCAAGUUAGAAUUAAUAAAAGUAAUAAAUGACGCUCGUGAAUCAAAAUCGACGUACAGCGAUCCGAUACAAGCAGAGCCAUCUGAAAAUUCUGAGAGGCCGGUGUACGUCGCCAUAAAAAUAGAAGGUGCAGAAGAUAGGGACGAUACAGAAAUAGUAGCAGAAGAAGUCAAUAGUUUUCGUUAAGGUAUAUUUACUUCUACUGAACUCAUGCCUUUGAGGGUUCGUGAUAAUAUAUAAAUAUACGUACAAAUAUAUAAACAUCAAGCGGUUCCUGAGAGAGUAUUUAUAAAAUAAAAAUCGUCUUGAUCUUCUUCGUCAUGGUCGUGCAUGGUGGUAUCAAAUUAUAAUAUUUGAAUGACUUACCAUCGUGGUGAGAAGCCAUACGACGAUUUAUGUGGGAAAUGGUAUGUUUUCGCAUAAAUAGCCGGACAUAAUGGGUCAUUAGCGUAUCAUUAGAUAUUUAAUUGUAAUUCCUGAAUGUACAAAAGUUACCCUAUUCUUUAUAAUGUCUUAUAAUAAAAUAUUGAGAAAUCA